AUGUCGUGGAAGCCCACUGAGAAGCUCAUGCAAACCAUUGGCCACUAUGCCAGCUUCCCGCCCACAGGAGUCAGUCUUCGACAGAUGGUCCAGUUCGGAGAGAAGCCAUCUGCUGGAACCCUCUUUCGUGCGUCACAAUUUCUCUCCGAAGAGCUUCCAGUCCGUCUCGCGCACCGUGUAGAAGAGCUGGAUAAAUUACCCGAUGGUCUCAAUGACAUGCCCUCCAUCCAAAAGGUGCGAGACUGGUAUGCCCAAUCCUUUGAGGAAAUCACAACCCUUCCGCGACCGCAAUUAGACACCGAAACUCGAGACCGACUCCUCAAUCCUCCCAAGAAGUCCAAUACCAAACUUUCCGCCACCACGCGAAAUCCCAGUCUCAAGGACCAUGGCAACGGCAAUGGCAAGAGUGGGAUGAACUCGCGUCGCUAUUUCGCCGCUCUGGACGACGGCAAAGAGUGGCCUCCUGUGCUCUCUGAUUACAACCGCAAGUUCGCCCGGACUCUGGAAAUCAUCAAGAGAAGACAUGACCCUGUUGUCACCACCGUGGCGCAAGGAAUCAACGAGUGGAAGCGUAAACAACAACGCAUGCAGAUCGAUUCGUCCAUCCAGUCCUUUCUCGAUCGGUUUUACAUGUCCCGCAUUGGCAUACGGAUGCUUAUUGGGCAACACAUUGCUUUGACGGACCAGACCACCAACAGACACCCCAAUUAUGUGGGCAUAAUAUGUACAAAGACCAACGUUCGAGAAUUGGCAGAGGAGGCCAUUGAAAAUGCCCGAUUCGUGUGCGAGGACCACUAUGGCCUGUUUGACGCCCCCAAGGUCCAGCUCUUCUGUCCACCCAACCUGACCUUCAUGUAUGUGCCGGGUCACUUGUCGCACAUGCUUUUCGAGACUCUCAAGAACUCACUGCGGGCCGUGGUGGAGACGCACGGGGCCGAAAAGGAAGAGUUUCCUGUGACCAAGGUGAUUGUUGCCGAAGGCAAAGAGGAUAUCACAAUCAAAAUCAGUGACGAAGGAGGUGGAAUUCCCCGAUCCGCCAUUCCGCUCGUCUGGACUUACAUGUACACUACGGUCGAUACCACACCAGAAUUGGAUCCGGGUUUUAAUGCUAGUGACUUUAAGGCGCCGAUGGCUGGGUUUGGGUAUGGUUUGCCACUUUCGAGAUUGUACGCAAGGUACUUUGGCGGGGAUUUAAAAUUGAUUUCUAUGGAAGGAUACGGAACCGACGUCUACCUGCAUCUCAAUCGACUUUCCUCGUCGGCAGAGCCUCUGCAAUAA